AUGGCUAAGGACUUAAGGAGUCUGGUAGGCUCGGGGAGCGCCCGAGAGCUGCAGGAGAAGCUGGAGAGCUGGCAUCAUGACUAUGAGAUGAAUUCCUCUGGUGAAAAUAUGAGCCGAUGCUGUGAAAUAUUAGAACUGAACAAUGAGAUUCAAAAGCAGCUCUACUCAAUUCUCCAUGAAACAUCUAAAGAAGAUGAAUGCACAGAAACAAUAAAAAGCUAUCCCCUGUCACCAAGCCUAUGCUCUCCUCCUUCAAGAUGUGAAAACCUCACUCAGGAUUCAACUGGAUGUGAGCUACAGCUGAGAGAUUUGACCUGCAAUCCAAGGCGACUGCGAGAGCUGGAGGACAAACUAACUUCAACUCGUAUAGAGAUCAACCAGAUGGAACGAGAUCUGAAGGCUUCCCGUGCUGGAGGGUGCAAAAACUUGAAAGAGUUACAUUAUCCUUGUGACUAUGACCACCAGAUUCAGCUAUUGCGGGAUGAGAUGUCUGUCCUGGAUGCCCAAAAGUCUAUUCUCCAGAGCAGGCCCUGCUCUCCUCUCCCGUGCUGUCUGAGGAAGCCCUGUGCCCUUUCCAUGGCGACCUGGUCACCUUGCCAGAUCAGACAGGCAUGUGCUUCACGUCGAGCCUGCCUCAUAGCUCGCUUUAACUUCAUUUAUGCUAAAGAACGCUUGGAUGCAGAGGCACUUUUGAGGCCAUACGUCUGUAACAUGGAGGUGGUGCAGAGGAUAAUAUACGUUGCAGCUGUGGAAUCUUUCCGUGUAGCAAAGAUGGCCUUCUGGAAGGUCAAAGUUAGUGUAAAAGAGACUUUGGCUCUACAUCCCUGUGAGGGAGUUGUGUCACUUGAAAUUGCUGCCCUGGAUUAUAUAGCUUGCCACAAGGAUCUGUAUGAUGUUUGUCCCAGUAUCCACGAAGUAAUUUGCUCCAUGAACAUGCACCCAAAGCUUCCAUGUCCAGCAGAAGUUGAUUUCAUUGUGAUCAGCUCUUUGAUUCGAGACUUGUGCCGUCUGGCUUUUUCAAUGCAGACACUCAUUCCUCCCCUUGAUGUUGCCGUUGGUGUUGAUGGAGAACUUUUCAAUAAGACCAUGUACUAUCGUAGUUUUGACUCAGAUUUCACAGCUGCCUUUGUGGCCUAUCAUGUCUGGCCUGCUCUGAUGGAAAAUGAUGCUGUAAUAGUAAAGGGAGAGGUAGUCACUAAAACAAUAGCUUUGUGUCCUCGCAGAUGCAGGAUUAGAAGCAGAAGCUGCAGCUGUGGCCGUCGUCUCCUGCCUGGUCAUGUGACUCGAAGCCGCAGUCUUUCAACAUCGAGGGUCAAAAGGCGCUAACAGAACAUGUUCCGGUCUAUGCAGUCCAUCUGGAUUCAACAACUU